AAGAAAUACACAUAAAAAAGCCACAAGAGCUAAAAUAAAGCCCCAGAGCACCUGUACAGGCUAAUGCUGCAAAGAGAAGAAUUGCCUCAUUAACCUAAGUGAGUGGGUGAGAGGCAGAAUACUGCAAAAAUGGAGGAGGAAGAAUAUGAGGAAGUUGUAGAGUACUACAUUGAGGAGACAGUUAUUGAGGAUGGUGAACCACAUGAGGUGAUCACUGAGACCACAGAAUACACGAGUCCCCACACCACCAUAUAUACAGUUGAGCAUGAAAGGCCUUCUGUUGAGCAUGCAGCACCUCCAGUCAGAAAGAAGAUAAUACGGACAAAAGUGGACCCAUCUAAGUUUUUGACACCAUAUCUGCAACACAGUAAUAAAAUGAAGGACCUAUUCAGUGAGAACAAAUACAAAGAAAAAUUUAGAAAAGAAAAAGGAAAGCCAUAUGCUUCCACAACUGAUACCCCAGAACAUCGGCGAAUCAAGAAAGUACAAGACCAGCUCAGUGAGGUUAAAUACCGCAUGGCUGGUGAAGUUGCUAGAACUAUUUGCCAUGUUGAUGAAAAGGCCAAGGAUAUAGAACAUGCAAAGAAGGUCUCACAGCAAGUGAGCAAGGUGUUAUAUAAACAAAAUUGGGAGGAGAAUAAAGACAAGUACCUACUUCCCCCUGAUGCUCCAGAACUUGUGAAUGCAAUAAAAAAUACAGCGAUGUUCAGUAAGAAACUCUAUACAGAAGACUGGGAAGGAGACAAAGCAUUAUUCUAUCCAUACAAUGACAGUCCAGAGCUCAGGAGGGUGGCACAGGCCCAAAAGACUCUGAGUGAUAUCGUCUACAAAAAAGGGCAUGAUGAACGAAAAUCUAAAUACACUUCUCUGCCAGAUCCACCUGAUGUGGAACUAGCCAAGAAAGUGACAAGGCAACUCAGUGAUAUUAACUACCAUGAAGACUAUAAAAACAAGAUCAAAGGCAAGUGGAGUCAAACUCCAUGCUAUGAUGUUGCAAUUGCAAAAAUGAAUUCAGAAAAUAUAAGUACGAGAAAAUAUCAGGAAGACUUUGAAAACAUAAAAGACCAAAUCUACUUUAUGCAAACUGAAACUCCAGAAUAUGAAGCUAAUAAGCGACUUGGAAGUAAUGUCAGUAAGAUAAAAUACAGAGCAGACUAUGAAAAGAACAAAGCUAUUGCAGAUUAUAAUGUACUUCCUGCUACAGAGAACCCUUUGCUGAGGCAAUUAAAAGCUGCAGGAAAUAUGCUGAGUGAUAAAUUAUACAAAGAAGCCUAUGAACAAUCAAAAGGAACAAACAUGAAUUAUUGUGACACUCCAAAGUUUCAGACUGACAGUGUUCUAAAGAAUUUUAGUGAUGUAAAAUAUAAAGAUGCAUAUCAAAAGAAUAUUUUAGGACACUAUUUAGGGAGCUAUGAGGACCCAUAUCACACACACUGUAUGAAAGUUGAAGCUAUGAAGAGUGAUAAAAAUUACAAGGCAGAUUAUGAGGAGGACAAGUCAAAAUGCUACUUCCCUCAGACCAUAACUCAAGAAUAUGAAGCUAUUAAGAAGUUAGAUCAGUGUAAAGAUCACACCUACAAAAAACAUCCUGAUCAAAUCAAAUUUACUCAAGUGACAGACUCUCCAGUGCAGAAGCAAGCAGAGAUCAAUAGCAAACAGCUGAGUGAUUUGAAAUACAAAGCUAAACAUGAAAGUGAGAAGUUCAAAUGUUCUGUACCACCAGAUGCUCCAUUUUUCCUCCAGUCCCGUGUUAAUGCAUAUAACAUUAGUGAUAAUUGUUACAAGUAUGAAUGGGAAAAGUCUAAAGAUAAGGAGUUUGAAAUCAAAGUUGAUGCAAUUCCACUUCUUGCAGCUAAAGCUCACAAUAAAAUUGCAAGUGAUGUGGAAUAUAAGAAAGCAUAUGAACAGAGUAAAGGGAAAAUGGUUGGAGCCCUGAGUGUUCAUGAUGAUCCCAAGAUACUACAUUCCAUGAAGGUGGCCAAACAGCAGAGUGAUCGCGAGUACAAGUUGGCUUAUGAAACAUCAAAGACCAACUAUACAGCACCCCUGGACAUGGUCCCAGUUGUUCAAGCAAAAAAAUCUCAAGAAAUUGCCAGCAAUGUGGACUACAAGAACAUCCCUCAUAAUUACUUUUAUCCUCCUGACAGCAUUAAUGUGGAGCUUGCAAAGAAAGCCUAUGCUCUUCAGAGUGACAAUGAGUAUAAAUCUGAUUACAAUAGUGACAUGAAAGGCUGUGGCUGGAUACCAUUAGGAUCUCUGGAAGCAGAGAAGGUUAAGAGAGCUUCAGACAUUCUGAAUGAGAAAAAGUAUCGCCAGCAUCCAGACACUAUUAAGUUUACGCAGAUUGAAGAUGAGCCUGUUAUGGUUCAGGCUAAAAUCAACCAAGCUCAGAGAAGUGACGUACUAUAUAAAGCCAAAGGUGAAGAAGUUAUUCACAAGUAUCACCUUCCUCCAGAUGUGCCCCAGUUUAUCCAGGCUAAAGUUAAUGCCUAUAAUAUUAGUGAUAACUACUACAAAAUUGGAUUGGAAGAAUUAAAAUCAAGGGGAUAUGAUCUAAGAAGUGAUGCUAUUCCUAUCAGAGCUGCCAAGGCUGCUAGACAGGCUGUCAGUGAUGUUAACUAUAAAAAAGGCUAUGAACUUGCCAAGGGUAAACUUAUUGGCUUCCAGAGCCUCCAAGAUGAUCCAAAACUGGUUCAUUAUAUGAAAGUAGCCAAGAUGCAAUCUGAGCGAGAGUACAAAAAGGAUUAUGAGAAAACUAAAACUAGGUACAACACCCCACUGGAUAUGGUCAAUGUUGCGGCUGCCAAGAAGGCUCAAGAGAUUGCCAGCAAUGCUAAUUACAAGAACCUCCUGCACCACUAUACUUAUUUACCAGAUGCAAUGAACUUGGAGUUGACCAAAAACAUGAUGGAGAUUCAGAGUGAUAAUGCAUACAAACAAGACUAUAACAGCUGGUUCAAGGGUAUUGGAUGGAGUCCCCUGGGUUCUCUGGAAGUUGAAAAAGCUAAAAAGGCUGGAGAUGCACUAAAUGAGAAGAAAUACCGUCAGCACCCAGACACCAUCAAAUUUACAAGUAUACCAGAUUCAAUACCAAUGGUUUUAGCUCAGCACAAUACCAAACAACUGAGUGAUGUAACAUAUAAGCAAGAGGGUGAAAAAGUAAAACACAAAUACACUCUGGAUCCUGAUGUUCCACAGUUUAUUCAAGCCAGGGUCAAUGCCUACAAUUUGAGUGAUGCUAACUACAAAGCAGACUGGAAGAAAACUAUUGCCAAAGGAUAUGAUCUGAAACCAGAUGCCAUUCCUAUUAUUGCUGCUAAAGCUUCUCGAAACAUUGCCAGUGAUUAUAAGUACAAAGAAUCAUAUGAGAAAGAGAAAGGCAAACAGGUUGGAUACCGUAGCCUGCAGGAUGAUCCUAAACUUGUUCAUUACAUGAAUGUGGCCAAAAUGCAAUCAGAUCGUGAAUACAAGAAGGAUUAUGAAGUCACCAAGACCAAAUACCACACUCCCUUGGAUAUGUUCAGUGUGACAGCUGCCAAGAAGGCCCAGGAAGCAGUUACAAACACUGGCUAUAAACAGCUAAUCCACGAUUAUACACUCUUGCCUGAUGCUGUGAACUUGGAACUAUCAAAAAAUAUGAUGCAGAUUCAGAGUGAUAAUGCCUACAAAGCAGAUUUUAAUAACUGGCUAAGAGGAGUUGGUUGGCUGCCAAUUCAAUCACUGGAUGUAGAAAAGGCCAAAAAAGCUACAGAGAUUCUUAGUGAGAAGAAGUAUCGCCAGCACCCAGACAAGCUGAAAUACUCCAUUACGAUGGAUGCAAUGGAACAGGUGCUUGCUAAACAAAAUGCCAAGACCAUGAAUAAGAGGCUCUACACUGAUAAGUGGAACAAAGAGAAGACCAGCAUUCACGUUAUGCCAGAUACUCCAGAAAUUCUGCAGUCUAGAGUGAACCAGAUCACCAUGAGUGAUAAAUUAUACAAAGCUGGAUGGGAGGAAGACAAGAAGAAAGGUUAUGACUUGCAGCCAGAUGCUAUUCCAAUAAAAGCAGCCAAAGCCUCCAGGGACAUUGCAAGUGAUUAUAAAUACAAACUAGCCUACGAAAAAGCAAAAGGAAAGCAUAUUGGGUUCCGCAGCCUUGAAGAUGACCCCAAGCUGGUGCACUUCAUGCAGGUGGCUAAGAUGCAAUCUGAUCGUGAAUACAAAAAGGAUUAUGAGAAGGCAAAAACUAAUUUCCAUACCCCAGUCGACAUGCUCAGUGUUGUGGCAGCGAAGAAGGCACAGGAAGUGGCUACAAAUGCAAACUACAAAAACUUGAUCCAUACUUACAAUAUUUUGCCCGAUGCUAUGAGUCUUGAAUUAGCCAAAAACAUGAUGCAGUUACAGAGUGAUAAUCAAUACAAAGCAGAAUAUGAUGAAAGUAUGAAGGGCGUUGGAUGGAUGCCAUUGGGCUCCUUGGAAGCUGAGAAAAACAAAAAAGCGAUGGAAAUUGUCAGUGAAAAGAAAUACCGUCAGCAUCCAGACAAGCUGCAGUACUCCACUCCUAUGGAUUCUAUGAACAUGGUCUUAGCUAUGAAUAAUGCAAAAAUCAUGGAUGAGCACAAAUAUAAACAAGCAUGGGAAGAAGACAAAAAGAAAGUUCAUAUCACACCAGAUAUUCCACAGAUUGCUUUAGCAAAAGUCAAUGCAUUUAAUCUAAGUGAUAAAAUGUACAGGCUUUCUUUUGAAGAAUCGAGGAAGAAAGGGUAUGAUCUCAGAGCUGAUGCUAUCCCUAUUAAAGCUGCCAAAGCUUCUAGGGACAUCGCUAGUGAUUAUAAGUACAAAUUAGGUUAUGAACAAGACAAGGGAAAACUUGUAGGCUUCCGCAGUCUUCAGGAUGAUCCCAAGCUUGUCCAUUAUAUGCAAGUGGCUAAGAUGCAGUCUGAUCGUGAAUACAAGAAAGCCUAUGAGAUUAGCAAGACACAUUACCAAACACCUUCUGAUGCACUUAGUAUCAUGGCAGCAAAAGAGGCACAGGAUCGUGUAACCAAUACUAACUACAAGCGACUGAUUCACCACUAUAUGCUUCUACCAGAUGCAAUGAGUUUAGAACUGUCCAGAAACAUGAAUCGGAUACAAAGUGAUAAUGAGUACAAGCAGGAUUACAAUGACUGGUACAAGGGUAUUGGCUGGAGUCCUGCUGGUUCUCUGGAUGUGGAGAAAUCUAAGAAAGCUACAGAAAUUGCAAGUGACCAGAAAUACCGCCAGCAUCCCAGUACGUUCCCCUUUACAAAACAGAAUGAUGCCAUGGACAUGGUGCUUGCAAAGCAGAAUGCACAGAUAAUGAAUAAACAUGCUUAUAUUCAAGCCUGGGAGAAGGAUAAAACUCAGGUUCAUGUGAUGCCAGAUACACCAGAUAUUCUACAGGCUAAACAGAACAGUACGAACUACAGUCAGAAACUAUACAAGCUUGGCUGGGAAGAAAUGAUAAAGAAGGGCUAUGACCUCACACCUGAAGCCAUUUCAGUGAAAGCUGCCAAAGCUUCAAGGGACAUUGCAAGUGAUUACAAGUACAAAGAAGGCUACCGCAAGCAACAGGGACAUCACAUUGGAUUCCGCAGUUUACAGGAUGAUCCUAAGAUGAUGUGGUCUAUGCAAGUAGCUAAGAUGCAGAGUGAGAGAGAAUACAAAAAAGAUUUUGAAAAGUGGAAGACAAAGUUUAACAUGCCUGUGGAUAUGCUAGGCUUCCUUCUGGCUAAGAAAUGUCAGGAACUUGUUAGUGAUAUAGACUACAAACAUAUGCUACACCGCUGGACUUGUCUGCCCGACCAGAAUGAUGUCAUCCAAGCAAAGAGAGUCUAUGAACUACAGAGUGAUCUUGCGUACAAGUCCGAUCUGCAGUGGCUGAGGGGCAUUGGCUGGUUGCCGAGUGGUUCGUUGGAUGAUGAGAAGAAUAAGAGAGCAUGCCUCAUCCUGAGUGACAAGAAGUAUCGGCAGCACCCGGACACCAUCAAAUUCACGAGCCUUCCUGACUCUAUGCCAAUGGUUCUGGCAAAGCACAACACUGAAAUUAUGAACCAGCGCGCAUACACGUCGGCUUGGGAGAAAGAUAAAACCAGCGUUCACAUUAUGCCAGACACACCUGAUAUUCUGCUAGCGCAGCAGAACAGGCUGAACUACAGUGAGAAACUGUACAAGCUUGGAAUGGAAGAAGAGAAGAAGAAGGGGUACGACCUGCGAGCAGAUGCCAUUCCUAUCCAGGCUGCAAAAGCUUCCCGAGAUAUUGCAAGUGAUUACAAGUAUAAAGAAGGCUACCGCAAGCAGCUUGGCCACCAUAUUGGAGCGCGGAACAUAGAGGAUGACCCCAAGAUGGUGUGGUCUAUGCACGUAGCCAAGGUCCAGAGUGACAGGGAGUACAAGAAAGCCUUUGAGAAGACAAAGACCCACUUCAGUAGCCCGGUGGACAUGCUGGGCAUUGUGUUGGCGAAGAAAUGUCAGGAGCUGGUCAGCGAUAUUGAUUACAAGCAUCCUCUGCAUCAUUGGACAUGUCUGCCCGACCAAAACGAUGUUGUACAAGCCAGGAAAGUGUACGACCUGCAGAGCGAUCUUGUGUACAAGUCCGAUCUGCAGUGGCUGAGGGGCAUUGGCUGGUUGCCGAGUGGUUCGUUGGAUGAUGAGAAGAAUAAGAGAGCAUGCCUCAUCCUGAGUGACAAGAAGUAUCGGCAGCACCCGGACACCAUCAAAUUCACGAGCCUUCCUGACUCUAUGCCAAUGGUUCUGGCAAAGCACAACUCUGAAAUUAUGAACCAGCGCGCAUACACGUCGGCUUGGGAGAAAGAUAAAACCAGCGUUCACAUUAUGCCAGACACACCUGAUAUUCUGCUAGCGCAGCAGAACAGGCUGAACUACAGUGAGAAACUGUACAAGCUUGGAAUGGAAGAAGAGAAGAAGAAGGGGUACGACCUGCGAGCAGAUGCCAUUCCUAUCCAGGCUGCAAAAGCUUCCCGAGAUAUUGCAAGUGAUUACAAGUAUAAAGAAGGCUACCGCAAGCAGCUUGGCCACCAUAUUGGAGCGCGGAACAUAGAGGAUGACCCCAAGAUGAUGUGGUCUAUGCACGUAGCCAAGGUCCAGAGUGACAGGGAGUACAAGAAAGCCUUUGAGAAGACAAAGACCCACUUCAGUAGCCCGGUGGACAUGCUGGGCAUUGUGCUGGCGAAGAAAUGUCAGGAGCUGGUCAGCGAUAUUGAUUACAAGCAUCCUCUGCAUCAUUGGACAUGUCUGCCCGACCAAAACGAUGUUGUACAAGCCAGGAAAGUGUACGACCUGCAGAGCGAUCUUGUGUACAAGUCCGAUCUGCAGUGGCUGAGGGGCAUUGGCUGGUUGCCGAGUGGUUCGUUGGAUGAUGAGAAGAAUAAGAGAGCAUGCCUCAUCCUGAGUGACAAGAAGUAUCGGCAGCACCCGGACACCAUCAAAUUCACGAGCCUUCCUGACUCUAUGCCAAUGGUUCUGGCAAAGCACAACUCUGAAAUUAUGAACCAGCGCGCAUACACGUCGGCUUGGGAGAAAGAUAAAACCAGCGUUCACAUUAUGCCAGACACACCUGAUAUUCUGCUAGCGCAGCAGAACAGGCUGAACUACAGUGAGAAACUGUACAAGCUUGGAAUGGAAGAAGAGAAGAAGAAGGGGUACGACCUGCGAGCAGAUGCCAUUCCUAUCCAGGCUGCAAAAGCUUCCCGAGAUAUUGCAAGUGAUUACAAGUAUAAAGAAGGCUACCGCAAGCAGCUUGGCCACCAUAUUGGAGCGCGGAACAUAGAGGAUGACCCCAAGAUGGUGUGGUCUAUGCACGUAGCCAAGGUCCAGAGUGACAGGGAGUACAAGAAAGCCUUUGAGAAGACAAAGACCCACUUCAGUAGCCCGGUGGACAUGCUGGGCAUUGUGCUGGCGAAGAAAUGUCAGGAGCUGGUCAGCGAUAUUGAUUACAAGCAUCCUCUGCAUCAUUGGACAUGUCUGCCCGACCAAAACGAUGUUGUACAAGCCAGGAAAGUGUACGACCUGCAGAGCGAUCUUGUGUACAAGUCCGAUCUGCAGUGGCUGAGGGGCAUUGGCUGGUUGCCGAGUGGUUCGUUGGAUGAUGAGAAGAAUAAGAGAGCAUGCCUCAUCCUGAGUGACAAGAAGUAUCGGCAGCACCCGGACACCAUCAAAUUCACGAGCCUUCCUGACUCUAUGCCAAUGGUUCUGGCAAAGCACAACUCUGAAAUUAUGAACCAGCGCGCAUACACGUCGGCUUGGGAGAAAGAUAAAACCAGCGUUCACAUUAUGCCAGACACACCUGAUAUUCUGCUAGCGCAGCAGAACAGGCUGAACUACAGUGAGAAACUGUACAAGCUUGGAAUGGAAGAAGAGAAGAAGAAGGGGUACGACCUGCGAGCAGAUGCCAUUCCUAUCCAGGCUGCAAAAGCUUCCCGAGAUAUUGCAAGUGAUUACAAGUAUAAAGAAGGCUACCGCAAGCAGCUUGGCCACCAUAUUGGAGCGCGGAACAUAGAGGAUGACCCCAAGAUGGUGUGGUCUAUGCACGUAGCCAAGGUCCAGAGUGACAGGGAGUACAAGAAAGCCUUUGAGAAGACAAAGACCCACUUCAGUAGCCCGGUGGACAUGCUGGGCAUUGUGCUGGCGAAGAAAUGUCAGGAGCUGGUCAGCGAUAUUGAUUACCGCCACUAUCUGCAUCAGUGGAUCUGUCUGCCAGACCAGAAUGAUGUUAUCCAUGCCAAGAAGGCCUAUGAUCUACAGAGUGAUAAUUACUACAAGUCAGACCUUGAAUGGUUGCGGGGCAUUGGCUGGGUCCCAAUUGGUUCCUUGGAUGUUGAAAAAGCCAAGAGAGCAGGACAGAUCUUGAGUGAUAAAGUGUACCGUCAGCCUCCAGACACAAUCAAGUUUACUAGUGUCACUGAUUCUCUGGAGAUGGUCUUAGCCAAGCAGAACGCAGACACGAUGAAUAAGCGUUUAUAUACUGAGGCCUGGGAUAAAGACAAGACACAAAUCCAUGUAAUGCCUGACACACCUGAAAUCAUGCUGGCAAAACAGAACAUGCAAAACUACAGUGCGAAACUUUAUAAACAUGCCAUGGAAGAAUCAAAAAAGAAAGGCCAUGACUUGCGAGUUGAUGCUAUCCCCAUUCAAGCUGCCAAAGCAUCCAGAGAAAUUGCCAGUGAUUACAAAUACAAAGAAGGCUACCGCAAGCAGCUUGGCCACCAUAUUGGAGCGCGGAACAUAGAGGAUGACCCCAAGAUGAUGUGGUCUAUGCACGUAGCCAAGGUCCAGAGUGACAGGGAGUACAAGAAAGCCUUUGAGAAGACAAAGACCCACUUCAGUAGCCCGGUGGACAUGCUGGGCAUUGUGCUGGCGAAGAAAUGUCAGGAGCUGGUCAGCGAUAUUGAUUACCGCCACUAUCUGCAUCAGUGGAUCUGUCUGCCAGACCAGAAUGAUGUUAUCCAUGCCAAGAAGGCCUAUGAUCUACAGAGUGAUAAUUACUACAAGUCAGACCUUGAAUGGUUGCGGGGCAUUGGCUGGGUCCCAAUUGGUUCCUUGGAUGUUGAAAAAGCCAAGAGAGCAGGACAGAUCUUGAGUGAUAAAGUGUACCGUCAGCCUCCAGACACAAUCAAGUUUACUAGUGUCACUGAUUCUCUGGAGAUGGUCUUAGCCAAGCAGAACGCAGACACGAUGAAUAAGCGUUUAUAUACUGAGGCCUGGGAUAAAGACAAGACACAAAUCCAUGUAAUGCCUGACACACCUGAAAUCAUGCUGGCAAAACAGAACAUGCAAAACUACAGUGCGAAACUUUAUAAACAUGCCAUGGAAGAAUCAAAAAAGAAAGGCCAUGACUUGCGAGUUGAUGCUAUCCCCAUUCAAGCUGCCAAAGCAUCCAGAGAAAUUGCCAGUGAUUACAAAUACAAAGAAGGCUACCGCAAGCAGCUUGGCCACCAUAUUGGAGCGCGGAACAUAGAGGAUGACCCCAAGAUGAUGUGGUCUAUGCACGUAGCCAAGGUCCAGAGUGACAGGGAGUACAAGAAAGCCUUUGAGAAGACAAAGACCCACUUCAGUAGCCCGGUGGACAUGCUGGGCAUUGUGCUGGCGAAGAAAUGUCAGGAGCUGGUCAGCGAUAUUGAUUACCGCCACUAUCUGCAUCAGUGGAUCUGUCUGCCAGACCAGAAUGAUGUUAUCCAUGCCAAGAAGGCCUAUGAUCUACAGAGUGAUAAUUACUACAAGUCAGACCUUGAAUGGUUGCGGGGCAUUGGCUGGGUCCCAAUUGGUUCCUUGGAUGUUGAAAAAGCCAAGAGAGCAGGACAGAUCUUGAGUGAUAAAGUGUACCGUCAGCCUCCAGACACAAUCAAGUUUACUAGUGUCACUGAUUCUCUGGAGAUGGUCUUAGCCAAGCAGAACGCAGACACGAUGAAUAAGCGUUUAUAUACUGAGGCCUGGGAUAAAGACAAGACACAAAUCCAUGUAAUGCCUGACACACCUGAAAUCAUGCUGGCAAAACAGAACAUGCAAAACUACAGUGCGAAACUUUAUAAACAUGCCAUGGAAGAAUCAAAAAAGAAAGGCCAUGACUUGCGAGUUGAUGCUAUCCCCAUUCAAGCUGCCAAAGCAUCCAGAGAAAUUGCCAGUGAUUACAAAUACAAAGAAGGCUACCGCAAGCAGCUUGGCCACCAUAUUGGAGCGCGGAACAUAGAGGAUGACCCCAAGAUGAUGUGGUCUAUGCACGUAGCCAAGGUCCAGAGUGACAGGGAGUACAAGAAAGCCUUUGAGAAGACAAAGACCCACUUCAGUAGCCCGGUGGACAUGCUGGGCAUUGUGUUGGCGAAGAAAUGUCAGGAGCUGGUCAGCGAUAUUGAUUACCGCCACUAUCUGCAUCAGUGGAUCUGUCUGCCAGACCAGAAUGAUGUUAUCCAUGCCAAGAAGGCCUAUGAUCUACAGAGUGAUGCCGUUUACAAAUCAGACCUGGAAUGGCUAAGGGGAAUUGGAUGGGUUCCUAUUGGUUCCAUGGAUGUUGAGAAAGCUAAGAAAGCUGGAGAAAUCCUGAGUGAAAAGAAGUAUCGUCAGCCAGCAGACCAGAUUAAAUUUACUAGUGUGACAGAUUCUUUGGCUAUGGUCUUAGCCAAGCAAAAUGCUGAGAAUAUGAACAAGCGAUUAUACACGGAAGCCUGGGAUGCUGACAAAACUUCAAUUCAUGUCAUGCCUGAUACACCGACAAUUCUGUUAGCGAAGGCCAAUGCAGCUAAUGUUAGCCAUAAACUUUAUACACAAGCCUGGGAUGAGGCCAAAACGAAGGAUUAUGACAUAAGAGCGGAUGCAAUUCCAAUCCGAAGUGCAAAGGCAUCAAGAGAUAUUGCAAGCGAUUACAAGUACAAAGAAACGCACGAGAAACAGAAAGGGCACUACAUUGGGUGCCGAACUGCAAAGGAGGAUCCCAAACUGUCGUGGGCUGCGCGUGUGAUGCAGCUUCAAAAUGACCGGAUCUACCGGAAGGGAUACCAUGAUUCGAAGGCCCGGGUCCACAUCCCAGUGGAUAUGAUGUCCGUCCAGGCAGCCAAGGAAUGCCAGACGCUAGUCAGUGAUGUUGACUACCGGCAUCGCCUGCACGAGUGGACCUGUCUGCCUGACCAGAAUGACGUGAUCCAAGCAAGGAAGGCCUACGACCUGCAGAGUGAUAACGUGUACAAGUCCGACCUGGAAUGGUUGCGUGGCAUUGGCUGGUUGACAGAAGGUUCCGUGGACGUGGUAAAAGCAAAGAGAGCCCAGGAGCUCCUGAAUGAGAGGUUGUAUCGCACGCGGCCAGAGGAGUUGAAGUUCACCAGCAUUACUGACACGCCAGAUGUUGUCCAGGCUAAGAUCAAUUCUCUGCAGAUCAGUGACCGUCUGUAUCAUGAGGCCUGGGACAGAGAUAAGACGCAGAUUUCCAUACCUGCUGACACGCCUGUAUUGCUGCAGUCCAAAGUGAAUGCUCAGAACAUCAGCAAUAAUCGUUAUCAGAAGGCCUGGGACGAGGCCAAGGCGAAAAGCUACGACAUAAGAGCUGAUGCCAUUCCCAUCAAGCAUGCCAAGGCAUCCAGAGACAUUGCGAGUGAGUACAAGUACAAAGAAACGCACGAGAAACAGAAAGGGCACUACAUUGGGUGCCGAACUGCAAAGGAGGAUCCCAAACUGUCGUGGGCUGCACGCGCGAUGCUGCUGCAGAACGACCGGAUCUACCGGAAGGCGUACCAUGAUUCGAAGGCCCGGGUCCACAUCCCAGUGGAUAUGAUGUCCGUCCAGGCAGCCAAGGAAUGCCAGACGCUAGUCAGUGAUGUUGACUACCGGCAUCGCCUGCACGAGUGGACCUGUCUGCCUGACCAGAAUGACGUGAUCCAAGCAAGGAAGGCCUACGACCUGCAGAGUGAUAACGUGUACAAGUCCGACCUGGAAUGGUUGCGUGGCAUUGGCUGGUUGACAGAAGGUUCCGUGGACGUGGUAAAAGCAAAGAGAGCCCAGGAGCUCCUGAAUGAGAGGUUGUAUCGCACGCGGCCAGAGGAGUUGAAGUUCACCAGCAUUACUGACACGCCAGAUGUUGUCCAGGCUAAGAUCAAUUCUCUGCAGAUCAGUGACCGUCUGUAUCAUGAGGCCUGGGACAGAGAUAAGACGCAGAUUUCCAUACCUGCUGACACGCCUGUAUUGCUGCAGUCCAAAGUGAAUGCUCAGAACAUCAGCAAUAAUCGUUAUCAGAAGGCCUGGGACGAGGCCAAGGCGAAAAGCUACGACAUAAGAGCUGAUGCCAUUCCCAUCAAGCAUGCCAAGGCAUCCAGAGACAUUGCGAGUGAGUACAAGUACAAAGAAACGCACGAGAAACAGAAAGGGCACUACAUUGGGUGCCGAACUGCAAAGGAGGAUCCCAAACUGUCGUGGGCUGCACGCGCGAUGCUGCUGCAGAACGACCGGAUCUACCGGAAGGCGUACCAUGAUUCGAAGGCCCGGGUCCACAUCCCAGUGGAUAUGAUGUCCGUCCAGGCAGCCAAGGAAUGCCAGACGCUAGUCAGUGAUGUUGACUACCGGCAUCGCCUGCACGAGUGGACCUGUCUGCCUGACCAGAAUGACGUGAUCCAAGCAAGGAAGGCCUACGACCUGCAGAGUGAUAACGUGUACAAGUCCGACCUGGAAUGGUUGCGUGGCAUUGGCUGGUUGACAGAAGGUUCCGUGGACGUGGUAAAAGCAAAGAGAGCCCAGGAGCUCCUGAAUGAGAGGUUGUAUCGCACGCGGCCAGAGGAGUUGAAGUUCACCAGCAUUACUGACACGCCAGAUGUUGUCCAGGCUAAGAUCAAUUCUCUGCAGAUCAGUGACCGUCUGUAUCAUGAGGCCUGGGACAGAGAUAAGACGCAGAUUUCCAUACCUGCUGACACGCCUGUAUUGCUGCAGUCCAAAGUGAAUGCUCAGAACAUCAGCAAUAAUCGUUAUCAGAAGGCCUGGGACGAGGCCAAGGCGAAAAGCUACGACAUAAGAGCUGAUGCCAUUCCCAUCAAGCAUGCCAAGGCAUCCAGAGACAUUGCGAGUGAGUACAAGUACAAAGAAACGCACGAGAAACAGAAAGGGCACUACAUUGGGUGCCGAACUGCAAAGGAGGAUCCCAAACUGUCGUGGGCUGCACGCGCGAUGCUGCUGCAGAACGACCGGAUCUACCGGAAGGCGUACCAUGAUUCGAAGGCCCGGGUCCACAUCCCAGUGGAUAUGAUGUCCGUCCAGGCAGCCAAGGAAUGCCAGACGCUAGUCAGUGAUGUUGACUACCGGCAUCGCCUGCACGAGUGGACCUGUCUGCCUGACCAGAAUGACGUGAUCCAAGCAAGGAAGGCCUACGACCUGCAGAGUGAUAACGUGUACAAGUCCGACCUGGAAUGGUUGCGUGGCAUUGGCUGGUUGACAGAAGGUUCCGUGGACGUGGUAAAAGCAAAGAGAGCCCAGGAGCUCCUGAAUGAGAGGUUGUAUCGCACGCGGCCAGAGGAGUUGAAGUUCACCAGCAUUACUGACACGCCAGAUGUUGUCCAGGCUAAGAUCAAUUCUCUGCAGAUCAGUGACCAUCUGUAUCGUGAGGCCUGGGACAGAGAUAAGACGCAGAUUUCCAUACCUGCUGACACGCCUGUAUUGCUGCAGUCCAAAGUGAAUGCUCAGAACAUCAGCAAUAAUCGUUAUCAGAAGGCCUGGGACGAGGCCAAGGCGAAAAGCUACGACAUAAGAGCUGAUGCCAUUCCCAUCAAGCAUGCCAAGGCAUCCAGAGACAUUGCGAGUGAGUACAAGUACAAAGAAACGCACGAGAAACAGAAAGGGCACUACAUUGGGUGCCGAACUGCAAAGGAGGAUCCCAAACUGUCGUGGGCUGCACGCGCGAUGCUGCUGCAGAACGACCGGAUCUACCGGAAGGCGUACCAUGAUUCGAAGGCCCGGGUCCACAUCCCAGUGGAUAUGAUGUCCGUCCAGGCAGCCAAGGAAUGCCAGACGCUAGUCAGUGAUGUUGACUACCGGCAUCGCCUGCACGAGUGGACCUGUCUGCCUGACCAGAAUGACGUGAUCCAAGCAAGGAAGGCCUACGACCUGCAGAGUGAUGCUGUCUAUAAGUCAGAUCUGGAAUGGCUCCGUGGAAUUGGCUGGUUGCCAAAUGACUCUCCUGAUGUAAAGAGAGUGAAGCAUGCCCAGAAUCUCCUGAGUGACAACGUGUACCGUACACCUAUAGAAAGCCUGAAAUACACCAGUGUUGUUGAUUCUCCAGAUGUUCUUCAAGCUAAAGUUAAUGCUGAACAAGUCAGCAUUCCAAAAUAUAAAGAAGCCUGGGAAAAGGACAAGGUUAUGAUACAUAUGAUGUCAGACACACCUGCAAUCAACCUAGCCAGGACUAAUGCUCUUAAUUAUAGCCAGAAACUGUACAAAGAAGCUUGGGAUGAGUUGAAGACGAGUUGUGAUUUGAGAGCAGAUGCAAUCCCAAUCAAGGCAGCCAAAGCUUCCAGAGAAAUUGCCAGUGAUUAUAAAUACAAAUUAGAUCAUGAGAAACAGAAAGGACAUUAUGUUGGAGUUCCAAAUGCCAAAGCAGAUACGAGAAUGAAGUUUGCCCUUGGCAUAGGCAAGGUUCAGAGUGAACUAGAGUACAAGAAGCACUUUGCCAAAUGGAAGACAGAGUGCCACCUGCCAGCUGAUAUGCUAUCCGUCCUGUCAGCCAAGCAUGGUCAGUCUUUAGUCAGUGAUAUUGACUACCGUCAUUACUUGCAUCGGUGGAUCUGUCUUCCCGAUCAGAAUGAUGUCAUACAGGCCAGGAAAGCCUAUGAUCUUCAGAGUGAUGCUAUUUACAAAUCUGAUUUAGAAUGGCUACGUGGAAUUGGAUGGUUGCCAAAUGAUUCAGUUGGGAUCAACCAUGUCAAAUAUGCUGGAGACCUCUUGAAUGAGAAAAAGUAUCGUACAAAAGCUGAAACUCUUCCAUUUACUCCAGUGGCAGACAGAGUUGAUUAUAUCACAGCAAAGAAUAGUGGUGAAAUUCUUAGUGAUAUUAAAUAUCACAAAGCAUGGAAUGAGGUCAAGUCCAAUUACACUCUAACAGACACGCCACAGCUAGAUAUGGCCCGAGAGGCAGCCAGAAUUCUUAAUCAGAAUUUAUACAAGGAAAGCUGGGAGAAAGAAAAAGCCACUGGUUACCUCUUACCUCCUGACACUGUGCAGAUCUCUCAUGCCAAACACUCAAAUGAUGUCCAAAGUGAGCUUAAAUACAAAGCUGAGUAUGUGAAACAAAGAGGACACUAUGUUGGAGUUCCCACUAUGAGAGAUGACCCCAAACUGGUGUGGUUUGAGCACGCAGGCGAGAUCCAGAAUGACAGAUUGUACAAAUCAAAUUAUCACAAAACUAAGUCAAAAAUUCACAUUCCUCCGGAUAUGGUGUCAGUUAUGGCAGCCAAGGAAUGUCAGACCUUGGUCAGUGAUAUUGAUUACCGCCAAUACCUGCAUGAAUGGACAUGUCAUCCUGAUCAGAAUGACUGUAUUCAGGCAAGGAAAGCCUAUGAUCUACAAAGUGAUAAUAUUUACAAAUCUGAUUUGGAAUGGCUCCGUGGCUGUGGUUGGAUUCCUCUGGAUUCAGUAGAACACAAGAAAGUUAAGAAUGCACAAGAAUUGAUAAAUAAGCGAGCAUAUACAAAAGAAGCCCUUGAUAACUUUUCCAAUUAUACAAGCGUGGUUGACACUCCAGACAUUGUUUUGGCAAAGAUUAACUCUGUCAAUCAGAGUGAUCUAAAAUACAAAGAAACAUUUAACCUUGAGAAAGGCCAGUACAUUGGGUCUGAUGAUACGCCUGCGCUGAACCAUGCCAGAGACAUGGCCUUACUAUAUAGUGAUAAACUUUAUAAAAAUGCUUGGGAAAUCAGUAAGCCCAUUGGGUAUACUUUGGAUGAGAAAUACAUUCCGCUUGUUGGAGCUAAGCAUGCAAAUUACAUUAAUAGUGAGCUUAAAUAUAAGGAAAUAUAUGAGAAGCUGAAAGGCCAUUACCUGGCUGGGAAGGAUAUCGGUGAUUUCCCCAGUGUCAUUCACUCGCUAGCAUUCCAGAAAAUGAGAAGUGCGUUGGCAUACAGAAAAAAUUAUGAAGAUACCAAAGCAAAUGUCCAUAUUCCAAGUGACAUGAUGAAUCAUGUGCUAGCUAAAAGGUGCCAAUAUAUUCUCAGUGAUCUAGAAUACCGAACUUACUUUCAUCAGUGGAAUUGUUCGCCUGAAGAGAAUGAUGUUGUUCAAGCCAGAAAGGCCCAGGAGAUUUUGAGUGAUGUGGUAUAUAAAGAUGACUUAAAUUGGCUGAAGGGACUUGGAUGCUAUGUCUGGGAUACUCCACAAAUCCUGCAUGCUAAAAAAUCAUAUGACCUCCAGAGCCAAAUAAAAUACACAGCUGCAGGAAAAGAGAAUUUGCAGAACUUUGGUGUUGUUACUGAUACACCUCUCUACGUGACUGCAGUGCAGAGUGGUGUAAAUGCUAGUGAUGUGAAAUACAAAGCAAAUUACCACAAAACUAAGGACAAGUAUACAACUGUGACUGAAACAGUGGAUUCUGAAAGAGUUCACAAUUUGAAACACCUUUUUAGCAAUAAUCUCUACAAGGAAGCCUGGGAUAAAGUGAAAGCUACUGGCUAUAUGUUGCCCUCUGAUGCAGUCUCCUUAGCACGUGCAAAAGAACUGAAGCAUAAUGCUAGUACAGUAAAAUACCGGGAAGAAUAUGACAAGUUUAAAGCACUGUACACACUACCCAGAGGUGUUGAAGAUGAUCCCAACACAGCAAGGUGCUUGAGAGUUGGAAAGCUUAAUAUUGAUCGCCUGUACAAGGAAGUCUAUGAAAAGAAUAAAGCCAAAAUCCACAUUGUUCCAGACAUGGUAGACAUAAUUUCUGCUAAGGAUGCACAGAAGAAAAUCAGUGAAAUUGAUUACCGCACACAUCUUCAUGAGUGGAUGUGUCUACCAGAUCUUCAAAUCAAUGCCCAUGUUCGAAAAGUCACUGAUCAACUUAGUGAUGUGGUAUAUAAGGAUGAUCUCAACUGGCUGAAAGGCAUUGGCUGCUUCGUCUGGGACACCCCUGAAAUUCUCCAUGCCAAACACGCAUAUGACCUUCGCAGUGAUAUUAAGUACAAAUCUAAGGCAGAGAAAAUGAAGAAUGACUACACUGUGGUCAUGGACACUCCUGUCUAUGUCCAGAAUGUCCUUAGUGGCAUGAAUUUGAGUGAAGCUGUCUAUCGCAGUGAAUAUGUGCACAAUGUCAAAGGCAAAAUGAUUCCUACUGAUAAAACAGUAGAUUUGGAGCGGGCAAAUCAUGCACACAAAAUACAGAGUGAAAAUUUGUAUCGCUGGGCUGGUUUGAAUGCUCUACCUACUGGAUACAAACUUCCUACGGAUACCCCAAGCUUUCAGCAUGCCAAACAUGUGCAAUAUAUUGGCAGUGAUCUGAAAUAUAAAGAAGCCUAUGAACACUUGAAAGCUAAAGGCUAUACUCUGGGACCUAAAGAUGUUGGGUUUGAAUAUGUAAAGAAAGUGAAUCAAGUCAUUAAUGAGAGGUUGUAUCGGGCAACAUACCACAAAUACAAGGACAAGAUUCAUACCACUCCUGACACACCAGAAAUCCGUCAAGUCAGAGCUACGCAGGAAGCUGUCAGUGAUCUCAUCUACAAGUCAGAUUUCUUUAGGAUGCAGGGACACUUGAUUUCCCUGCCAUACACACCUCAGGUGUUACACUGCCGCUAUGUUGGGGACAUCACAAGUGAUAAUAAAUACAAAGAGGAUCUGAAGUGGCUGAAGGGCUUGGGUUGCUUCCUAUAUGAUACUCCUGACAUGGUCCGUGCUCGCCACCUGCGUAAACUUUGGUCUAAUUAUAUAUACACUGAUAAUGCAAAGAAGAUGCGGGAUAAAUACAGUGUGGUAUUGGAUACUCCUGGAUACAGGACAGUUCAAGAAUUAAAAACACAUUUGAGUGAACUGGUUUACAGAGCUGCAGGCAAGGAGCUGAAGACAAAAUAUACUUCCAUCCUUGAUACACCUGAUUUCUUAAGAGCCAAGCAUGGACAAAAAAUACAGAGCCAGUAUUUGUAUGUGGAGCUUGCCACAAAAGAGAGACCCCAUCACCAUGCUGGUGGUCAGACUCCAGCUUUUACCCAUGCUAGGCAUGUAAAGGACAUGGUUAGUGAGAAAAAGUAUAAAAUCCAAUAUGAGAAGAUGAAGGACAAAUACACACCUGUCCCUGACACACCAGUCUUGAUCAGAGCCAAGAGAGCAUACCUGAAUGCUAGUGAUUUGCGCUACAAAGAAACCUUUGAGAGCACAAAGGGGAAAUACCACACAGUGAAAGAUGCUUUGGAUAUUGUCUAUCACCGAAAGGUCACUGAUGAUAUUAGCAGUGUGAAAUAUAAAGAAAACUACAUGAGUCAUUUGGGUAUCUGGAGAUCUAUCCCAGACCGACCAGAACAUUCCCAUCAUCGUGCAGUCACCGAUGCUAUUAGUGAUGUUAAAUACAAGGAAGACUUAUCAUGGCUCAGAGGCUUUGGCUGUUAUGCAUGGGAUACUCCAGAUUUUGCUCUGGCAGAAAAGAAUAAGGUGCUCUACAGUGGGUGUAAGUACAAGGAAAUAUUUGAGAAGACUAAGUCUCAUUUUAAGUAUGUAGCUGACUCUCCUAUUAACAGGCAUUUUAAAUAUGCCACUAAGUUGAUGGAUGAGAAAUUAUAUAAAGCUGCCUAUGAGAAGCUCAAAGAUAGGUACAGCGUUAUUGUGGAUGAUCCUAGGAACCUCCUGGCCAAGUGGGGGACCACACUGAGCAGUCAGAAAAAAUAUAAGUCCUUUGCCAAGAUGUUGCUGAAACAAGGAUGUAAUGAAAUUCUGAGGCCAGAUAUGCUGAGAGCACUCUACAACACAUACUUAUGGAGCCAGGUCGAAUAUAAAAAGGAAUAUGAAAAGAAGAAAGACAAAUAUACUACAAUUGUGGAUACUCCAGAACACUUACGGACUACAAAAGUGAACAAACAGAUCAGUGAUAUUAUUUACAAGUUGGAAUAUAACAAAGCAAAGCCUAAAGGCUAUACCACAAUCCAUGAUACACCUAUGUUAUUGCAUGUGCGCAAGGUCAAGGACAGAAUAAGUGAUCUGAAAUACAAAGAGCUGUAUGAGAGGAAUAAAGCUCACUGCAAUGUCAUAGCUGAUUCAGUUCAUAUUAAGACUCCAAGGCAUGCUUACAAGCUAAACAGCAAUCUGGAUUAUAAGAAAAAAUAUGAAGCAGCUAAGGCUCAUUGGCACUGGAUUGCUGACAGGCCUGACUUUGUGCAAGCGGCCAAGUCAUCUCUGCAACAGAGUGAUUAUGAAUACAAGCUGGACCGUGAAUUCCUAAAAGGAUGCAAACUCUCUGUCACAGAUGAUAAAAACACAGUAUUGGCUUUAAAUAAUGCCAUCUUGGCAAGUGAUAUAAAAUACAAAGAGAAACAUAACAAAGCGCGAGGAACAUACCAUGUUGUCCCAGAUACACCUCAGAUCCUCCUGGCUAAAAGUGUCAGCUCUCUUGUGUCUGAGAACAAAUACAAAGAACAUAGCAAGAAGCAGCUUCCACAUGGGUCUUACACAACCCUGCCUGAGACACGAGACACUGCUCAUGUGAAAGAGGUGACCAAGAACGUCAGUGAGACAAAUUAUAAAAAGAAGUUUGUGAAGGAGAAAGGCAAGUCUGACUAUUCUGUGAUGUUGGAGCCUCCUGAAGUGAAACAUGCCAUGGAAGUGGCUAAGAAACAGAGUACCGUUGAAUACAAGAAAGAUGCCAAAUCCAAGCUCCUCUACACACCUAUAGCAGAUAGACCAGAUAUUAAAAAAGCAACGCAAGCUGCCAAGUUAAUUAGCGAUAUUGAAUAUAAGAAGCGUGGAGAAGCUGGCAUAGGUGUAAGCAUGCUGGGACGUCCGGAUAUUGAACUUGCAAAGGAGGUGUCAAAGCUAACUAGUCAGGUUAAAUACAAGGAGAAUUUUUCCAGAGAGAAGGGUAAAAAGCCAAAGUAUGAUUUAAAGGAGGCUAAAAUCUACAAGACCAUGAAAGAUGCUCACAACAUGGCUAGUGAGGUGAAAUAUAAGGCAGAUUUAAAGAAGCUUCAUAAGCCUGUCACAGACAUGUCUGAAUCGCUGAUUAUGAACCAUGUCCUGAGUACAAGCCAACUCGCCAGUGCUUACCAGUACAAGAAGCAGUAUGAGAAGAGUAAGGGUCACUACCAUGUGGUGCCAGAUAAUCUUGAACAGGUUCAUCUAAGGGAGGCAUCAGAACUACAGAGCCAAGUGAAAUACAGAGAAAAGUAUGAGAAGGAAAAAGGAAAACCUAUGUUGGACUUUGAAACUCCAACGUACCUUACUGCAAAAGAAUCUCAGCUCAUGCAGAGUGAGAAAGAAUAUAAGAAGGACUUUGAAGAGUGCAUUAAGGGCAGAAACCUAACUGGCUUGGAGAUUACACCAUCCUUAUUACAUGUCAAAUACGCAACCAAAAUAGCAAGCGAGAAAGAGUACAGGAAGGAUCUGGAGGAAGGUGUCAAAGGCAAAGGUCUAACAGCCUUAGAAGAGACUCCAGACAUGUUAAGAGCAAAGAAUGCAACUCAAAUCCUAAAUGAGAAAGAGUACAAAAAAGCACUGGAACUGGAAAUCAAAGGAAGAGGUCUGACAGAACUGGCUUUGGAGACACCAGAUUUUGUGAGAGCAAGGAAUGCCACUGACAUUGCCAGCCAGAUCAAAUACAAACAGCUGGCAGAAAUGGAGAAAGCCAACUACACCAGUGUUGUUGAUACUCCAGAGAUUAUUCAUGCCCAGCAAGUCAAGAACCUUUCAAGCCAGAAAAAGUAUAAGGAAGAUGCAGAAAGGACCAUGCCAUACUUUGUGCCUGUUGCAGACACUCCAGAAAUGCAGAGAGUCCGUGAGAAUCAAAAGAACUUUAGCACACUUCAGUAUCAGUGGGACCUACAGAACAGUAAAGGAAAAGUUACAGUGGUACAAGACACACCAGAAAUACUGCGUGUGAAAGAAAACCAGAAGAAUUUCAGCUCGAUUUUAUAUAAAGAAGAUAUUGGAACUGGAACUACUAUUGAAAAGACACCAGAGAUGCAGAGAGUUAAGCGAACCCAGGAUGCAAUUAGCUCGAUUAAGUACAAGGAGAGUAUUGGCAAAGGAACUCCAAUUCCUGAUCUCCCAGAAGUGAAGCGUGUCAAGGAGACCCAGAAGCACAUCAGCACGGUAUUGUACAAAGAGGACGUAGGGACAGGUAUCCCAACACCUGUCACUCCAGAAAUAGAGAGAGUCAAACGCAAUCAAGAACACAUUAGCUCGGUGUUAUACAAAGAGGGCUUAGGGACUGGCACCCCAACACCGGUCACUCCAGAGAUGGAGAGAGUCAAACGCAAUCAAGAACACAUUAGCUCGGUGUUGUACAAAGAGGGGCUGGGGAUUGGAACCCCAGUACCUGUAACUCCCGAGAUGGAGAGAGUCAAACGCAAUCAAGAAAACUUUAGCUCGGUGUUGUACAAAGAGGAUCUGGGGACAGCGACCCCAACAGCUGUCACUCCUGAGAUUGAAAGAGUCAAACGCAAUCAAGAAAACUUUAGCUCGGUAUUAUACAAGGAGGAUCUGGGGACAGCGACCCCAACAGCUGUCACUCCCGAGAUUGAAAGAGUCAAACGCAAUCAAGAAAACUUUAGCUCGGUGUUGUACAAAGAGGAUCUGGGGACAGGAACCCCAAUACCUGUCACUCCUGAGGUUGAGAGAGUCAAACGCAAUCAAGAACACAUUAGCUCGGUGUUGUACAAAGAAAACAUAGGGAAAGCAACCCCAACACCUGUCACUCCUGAGAUGGAAAGAGUCAAACGCAAUCAAGAAAUCAUUAGCUCGGUUUUGUACAAAGAAAAUGUGGGGAAAGUGACCCCAACACCAAUCACUCCAGAGAUGGAGAGAGUCAAACGCAAUCAAGAAAUCAUUAGCUCGGUGUUGUACAAAGAAAACUUGGGGCGAGCAACCCCCACCCCUAUCACUCCAGAGAUGGAGAGAGUCAAACGCAAUCAAGAACACAUUAGCUCGGUUGUAUACAAAGAAGGCUUAGGGAAGGCAACUCCCACCCCUAUCACUCCAGAGAUGGAGAGAGUCAAACGCAAUCAAGAACACAUUAGCUCGGUUGUAUACAAAGAAGGCUUAGGGAAGGCAACCCCCACACCGGUCACUCCAGAGAUGGAGAGAGUCAAACGCAAUCAAGAACACAUUAGCUCGGUUUUGUACAAGGAACAUCUGGCAAAAGGAACUCCAACACCAAUCACUCCAGAGAUGGAGAGGGCUAAACGCAAUCAAGAAAACAUUAGCUCGGUUCUUUAUUCUGAUAGUUUCCGAAAACAAGUACAAGGCAAAGCUGCCUAUGUGCUGGACACACCUGAAAUGCGGCGUGUACGAGAGACCCAGAAACACAUCUCUACGGUGAAAUACCAUGAAGAUUUUGAGAAAAGCAAAGGUAGUUUCACGCCUGUAGUUACCGACCCCAUUACAGAACGUGUGAAAAAGAACAUGCAGGACUUCAGUGACAUUAGCUAUAGGGGCAUUCAAAGACGAGUAGUAGAAAUGGAGCGAAAGCGUGUGGACCAGGAUCAAGAGAAUCUCACAGGUCUUCGUGUGUGGCGCACUAACCCUGGGUCGGUCUUUGACUAUGACCCAGCAGAAGACAACAUUCAGUCCAGAAGCUUACACAUGAUCUCUGUCCAAGCCCAGCGCCGUAGCAGGGAGCAUUCCCGCUCUGCCAGUGCCUUAAGCCUCAGUGGUGGGGAUGAGAAAUCGGAGCCCUCGGAUGGUGUGGAUCAACAUUUGUCCUACUACAGCAGUGGGGGCUUUUUUACCACAACUGCAACAGUGGCCUACAAACAUGCUAAAACUAUAGAGCUGCCACAACAAAGAUCAUCUUCAGUUGCCACCCAGCAGACAACUGUAUCCUCGGUUCCUUCUCACCCAUCUACUGCUGGCAAGACAUACCGGGCCAUGUAUGACUACAUGGCAGCUGAUGCUGAUGAAGUUUCCUUCAAAGAUGGUGACACAAUCGUAAACGUACAAGCAAUUGAUGAAGGCUGGAUGUAUGGGACUGUCCAGAGAACUGGCAAGACCGGCAUGCUGCCAGCCAACUACGUAGAAGCUGUCUAAAGUAAACCACAUCUCUCCAUAAAGCCUAUCUGCAUGGCAAAAACACAUAGGCACUUCUCACAACAUAAGCCUUUGGGAAAAAAAUACCGUAAGCUCUUCUCAACAUGCCUUGUUUUCCAUGUUGGUAAUGCUUUAUGGACCAUCCUCUUGGGAGGUGUGGGGGAGGAUAGAGAAAAAUAACAACAACAAAAAGUACCAACAUACUACAGUAACUACUACAGUACUCUUAAAAAUAUCUUUCCAAAACAUUUCUGAAAACUGCCUGUAAAAACACUACCAGUCAUUGCUCAUGGGAGAACUGUAUUUUUUCCAUUGUCCAAAAUCUUUUUACAUUGCCUGGACGGACUUUCAUAUAAAAUAUUUAUGUUAUGAAUACCACCCAUUUGUUUAGCAAUGCUAGAAUCGCAAUCUAGUAAACAUUACGGAACUUCUAUUCAGGUAUUUAAGAUUAAGACUACCUAAUGUUACUUUAUUGGUUUUCCCAUGAAGAGAAAUAGUAGUUUUCUGGGCUAUUCUAAAAUGCUUGAAUAUAUUUAUUUCUUUUCCAUGUAAGCAAUAUUUAAGCUUAGUAUCCCAAACCAGACAAUAUUCAUCUGCGGGGAAAAAAAAUCACACAGCAAAAGCCUCUCCUCUGCUUGCUGAGCACUCAUGCAUGUGUUUUUCAUCCGAGUGUUCUGGGGUCAAAAGCUGUUUUCUUGUAAAUUAGUGAGUAAAUAAAAGCUAAUGUUUCUGCA